AAAUAUCAGAUCUAAAUCUACACUACAGUAUGUAUUGAAUCAGUUCAAAGAGAUAAAAAUAGAAUAACUGUUAGCCAUUUGAAGCAUGGAACAACUUGACACGAAAAGUGCUAAAAUGUCGAAACCGUUGCAGAGACAAUUCCUGAAAAAUUAAAAAAUAAAAUUUAAUAUAAAAGAAGGGAGAUGAGGACAUCAUGAGGCAAGUGGAAAGUUUUUCUACAUUCCAUUGACUUUUAAUAAAAAUUGGGCUCAUUAUUUUGAUUAUUCUGUGCAUAAAUAUAGACCAACUCUUUAGGAGUUCCUCAUGUUCAUGACUGAUUCAGCAUGGCAACAUUUUGGAUGAUUUGUUUGUCAUGGGCUCUGUUUUCAACAACCAGUUUGGUGGGUGCACAGGAAUCCGAUUGUUCUGUGGAUCAAAGUUGCAGAAACAAAGAUGAAGCUCUCCACCUCAAGCUUGGGGCAAUUGCCUCUAUUUUGAUAGGCAGUGCAAUAGGCGUAUGCUUGCCUAUCUUGGGGAGAAGUAUCAGUGCUUUGAGGCCUGAUAAGGAUAUAUUUAUCAUCAUCAAGUCUUUUGCAGCAGGAGUUAUUGUGGCAACUGGUUUUGUCCAUAUCCUUCCUGAUGCAUUUGAUUCUCUGGGUAAUCCUUGCUUGAAGGGAGCUGCUUGGCAAAACUUCCCGUUUGCUGGGUUUACAGCUAUGAUGGGUGCUGUUGUCAGUCUUAUGGUGGAUGCUAUGGCUACUGGAUAUUAUCAACGAGCCCACCUUAAGAAACAGCAGGCAACGGUUGGUGUUGCAGAUAUGUCUACUGCAAGGGUGGGGAAUAGUGGGGAGAUUGAACAUCAGAGUCAUCUUCAUACUCAUGGUGGUUCCCAUGCAUAUGAUUCUGCUGCCGAAGGCUCUGCUUCAUCAUUGCUUCGCCAUCGUGUUAUUUCUCAGGUGUUAGAGCUUGGAAUAGUGGCCCACUCUGUGAUAAUUGGAAUAUCGUUAGGGGCAUCUGAGAGUCCAUGCACCAUACGCCCUCUAAUUGCAGCUCUGACAUUUCAUCAGUUUUUUGAAGGAAUCGGCCUUGGAGGAUGCAUAGUUCAGGCGAGGUUCAAGAACAGAUCUACAGCGUUAAUGGCGUUCUUCUUUUCAAUAACUACACCGCUGGGAAUUGCAGUGGGAAUCGCAAUUUCAUCAACUUAUAAUGAAAAUAGUUCAACAGCUCUAAUUGUUGAGGGAAUGUUCGAUGCAGCCUCUGCAGGAAUUCUGAUAUAUAUGGCAUUAGUGGAUCUUCUUGCAGCAGAUUUUCUUGGGCCACGAAUGCAGAGCAAAGUGGGGCUUCAGUUGUGGUCAUAUACUUCUCUAUUGUUAGGAAUCGGUUCCAUGUCUUUAUUGGCCAAAUGGGCCUAACUCAGUUGGAUCCAAAACACUAUGUAACAAUAAUAGCAUUAUAUGCUGUCAUUCAUCCAUCAUGUUUAACAAAAUUGGUGUGAUGAAACCAGAAAUAUAUGAUAAUUUUUUAUUGGCAA